UUGUAAUCUUUUCUCCGUUGAGUAAACGAAUUAUGAGUUGUCGUUUGGCGAAAAGCUAUGGUUUAAUCAAAUUGUUGAUGAAACCGGCUAAUGGGCGUCUACGUUGUUUUCCCCAAUUUAUGCGUUUCCCGGCUGAUGGGUUCUCUGCGUUUCACAGUUUCUCCACGACGAGGAACAGAUCCAUGUCCGCUUCUUCCUCGGCAAACCCGAUGGCCGGCGUGGAGCCAAACGGCGUCACACUGCUUCCGGCUGUUGAAGACAAGUACGGUGGCGUGGUGACGGAAAUGAGUCAUCCCAUGGAUCCUUCUGCCUUCUCUUCACUUCUCCGAUCCUCUCUCUCUAACUGGACUCUUCAGGGUAAGAAAGGAGUGUGGAUCAAAUUGCCGAGGCAGCUUAUUGGUCUUGCUGAAACUGCUGUUAAGGAGGGGUUUUGGUUUCAUCACGCGGAGAAAGACUACUUGAUGCUUGUGUAUUGGAUUCCCAAAGAAGACCAUACUCUUCCUGCCAAUGCAUCUCACCGUGUUGGCAUAGGUGCAUUUGUCAUUAACAACAACAACGAGGUGCUGGUGGUUCAAGAAAAGACAGGGAGGUUUAAAGGACAAGGUAUCUGGAAGUUCCCCACCGGAGUAGUCAAUGAGGGUGAAGACAUCCAUGAUGGCUCGGUCAGAGAGGUGAAAGAAGAAACCGGAGUGGAUACAGAAUUCGUCCAAAUAUUGGCGUUCAGACAGACACACAAAGCUUUCUUUGAAAAGUCAGAUUUGUUCUUCGUGUGCAUGUUGAAGCCCCUUUCUCUGGAGAUCAAUGCACAGGAGUCAGAGAUAGAGGCAGCUCAGUGGAUGCCAUGGGAGGAAUACACGGAGCAACCAUUCGUACAGAAUCAUGAGCUGUUGAGGUAUAUGAGAGACAUUUGCUAUGCUAAAACCAACGGAGACUACGAAGGCUUCACUCCUCUCCGCGUCUCUGCACCUGAUCAACAAGGCAACUUGUACUUCAACACCCGCGACUUCCAUUCCCGCCAU